UCCAGUGAGAGGGAAAAUGGUCUCGCCUAACGUGGUGGCGUGACCCCAUCAGCUGUUUUCUCUGUGGUACGAGGUGGCAGGGUGAGUGGAAGGUAACUCACGGGAGAGAGGCGAGCAGGGCCAGCUCGGAGGGAGCAGCUGCCCCAAGGAGCACCUUCAACGUUGAAUAAUUCUCCGCAGGUCAUGUGAGGAGGACGACGAAGCAGCCCCAGGCCCCGUUGAGCUGAGAGCAGAUGUAGGCAGAGAGUGAGCCCACGGGCGAGGCAGGGGCCUUAACUCGGCCCCGACUCCAGCCUGUGGCAGCACCAGCCACUUGAAGUCCACGCCGGUGGCCACGCCGUGCACUCCGCGGAGACUGAGCCUGGCCGAAUCCUUCACUAACGUCCGUGAGUCCACGACCACCAUGAGCACAUCCCUGGGGCUGGUGUGGCUGCUGAAGGAGCGGGGCAUUUCCGCGGCUGUGUACGACCCCCAGAGCUGGGACAGGGCUGGCCGGGGCUCUCUCCUGCACUCCUACACCCCCAGGAUGGCCGUGAUCCCCUCUACCCCGCCCAACUCGCCUAUGCAGUCGCCCACGUCUUCCCCGCCCUCCUUCGAGUUCAAGUGCACGAGCCCUCCCUACGACAACUUCCUGGCUUCCAAGCCAGCCAGCUCCAUCCUGAGGGAGGUGAGGGAGAAGAAGGCAGUCCGGAGCAGCGAGAGCCAGACCGACGUGUCUGUCUCCAACCUUAACCUCGUGGACAAAGUCAGGAGGUUUGGCGUGGCCAAAGUGGUGAACUCGGGGCGAGCCCACGUCCCCACCUUGACUGAGGACCAGGGACCUCUCCUCUGCGGGCCCCCGGGCCCCACGCAGGCCCUUGUCCCCGGAGGCCUGGUACCCGAGGGCCUGCCCCUUGGAUGCCCCACUGUCACCAGUGCCAUCGGCGGGCUCCAGCUCAACAGUGGCAUCCGACGGAACCGCAGCUUCCCCACCAUGGUGGGGUCCAGCAUGCAGAUGAAAGCCCCCGUGACGCUCACCUCGGGCAUCUUGAUGGGUGCUAAACUCCCCAAACAAACUAGCUUACGGUGAGGCUGGGAGAAGGCCCUUCCCCUGGAGGAAACCAAUCUUAACGCCCGCCUCCCUCUCCUCCCCCUUCACUGCGCACGCUCCCUCUGGUCUCUGUCCAUCCCCUUCUGAGCUAGACAAAUCAACCUCGUGCCUAAUGGGGGCAGAGUGGAGACUCUGUAAAAUGUGUACAUAGGACCUGGAGACCUGUAUCUGCCCUGCCCUUCCUUCGAAUCCCACGGGAAGCACCCCAGCACCGACAUCGCUCUCUCGAGGACUUGGCCCUUGCUGGCCGGGGGCAGGGGCAGCCCGGUGUCUUUCCUCCUUCUUUCCUUUGAGAAGCACUGAAAACCCCAUGUGUGUUCUUAUCCCAUGGAUAGGAAACCAGUGAAUCUGUGGCUGGCUGCCGGAGCCACACAUCCUGAGCUGUCACGUAGCACAGUGGCUGUGCCGCCUGGUGUCACUGGGCACCUCGCCCCAGCCUCCCUGUAAGAGCGUAAGGGGCCUCCGUCUGCUGCCACGUGCAGCUGCUGUAGCUUUCACGAUGGGAGAGCUGUUCUUUCUUUCUUGGGUCCCGGCUUCUUCAAGACCUUCACCGCUCGGCCCCAACGGACGGUCGCUUCUUUUCUUGAGCUGUGACUUUUUCUUCUCAUGCCUUCAACCUGAAUUCAUCCCUCCAUGUUUUGUAAUCCACUGUCGGGCCAGACGUCUGACCUGAAAGAGAAUGUAUUUACACUCCUGCUGCACCGUUUGGCAGCCCCUGUGUGUUCUGUGUGAUUUGUUUUAUUUUUCUGCGUUUUUUUUUAAAAUAUAUGCAGGGAAGUAAUGGUACUAGAUGGGAAGUCACAGUGAAUGUUCUCUCUGUGGUUCUGUGACACCAAAAUACAAGUUUCAGACACACCAAGCCGCUAAUGAGAUAGCAGCUUAUUUCUGGGACCCAGUGUCACAAUCAAAUUAAGACCAGACCCAAGGCGAUUUUAACAAUAGGAUCAUGAGGAAAGGGGGUUGAGGAAAGGUGGUGGAUGAAAUUUGUCAACAGUAAAAGUAAAAGAGAAGAACCACGGCCAAAGGUAACACCAAACUGGUUCACAGAGAAAUGAGGCUUUGGCGGUCCUCUUGUUCUGGUCCUUGUUCUGGACCCUAGACUGGUGAGCAUGCUUUCACAUCUGUGGUCUUCUUCUGCAGCCGUUCGAUGCCCUCAAAACACGUUUUGCCCUCUUGUUUCAGAACAGAGUGGUCCCCAAAAGCCCUCUGUGUCCUUGUGCCACUUUUUAUCCUUAGGAAAAGGUAGAGAUGUUGUGAGAAGAACCAUGAACAAACAGGGAGUCUGGUGCCAUCGCCGUCACUGACUAAGUUUCAAACUUUUAUUUAUUAUUUGUAUGUGCUGUAUUUUAAGCAAACAUCUUCUGUCCUCUCCAGCUCGGUCACAGUGCGCCUGUGGCUUUCCAAUCCAAGCAGGUCAUUUAUUCUGAUCUGAGGACUGCACUGCACAUCACAGUGCUCUGUGGCCAUUUGUUCCAGACAUUUACGGAAGGAUAACAUCAUAUGCAAAUGAAGUCGUCAUUUCGCACCCCCCAUUACCCUCCUCCCGCCACCCUUGGCAAAAGAUGUAUCCUUCAAUUGAGUGAGUGUGACCUUAUGUCCACUGAAGAUACUUUGAGAAAGUCCUCAGGAGCAAGCUUCGGUCCCAUGAUUUCAUACUAUUUAUUCUCUGAACACGAGGGUGUUGGUUAAUUGUGUUUUCAACUCUCCUCGCUGUGGUAUGUGUGCACUCACUGCAAGGAGCUUAUAUCUUUUUAUUUGAAUGUAUUUUAAAGCAGUAGGUAGAAUAACAAAGGAAUAUGAAAACCAUGGAUGGAAUGGACCAUUUUAUGUAUUCAGAGAGAGGAGCCACCCAUCAUCACAAAGGAAAUACCCGUGUAAAAAUCAACAAUUCGGAGGUUGCAGUAUUUAGUAUAGUUAAUAAAUGAUCAACAUUGUGCACCCACUACCAAAAAGUGUGUUGUAAUGCAUCCAAAAUCAGCAAUUAAAUUUUAUUUGCUAAUGAGUACCAAUAAAAUAAGUUCAAAUGAUGGAA